AUGAAGACAUCAAGCUUUCCCGGCAGCUCCGGCGGCGGCAACGGUGGCAGGAACAAUGGCAAUGGUAUCUUCAAUACCUCCCACGAGGCCGCAAUGGCGUACGAAUCUGUUGCGCGGAGGCUCUACGGUGAUGAUGCUAAGCCCAAUUUGCCUGUUGAUGUCACCACCAGGAUGUCAUUAAUCCAUCAUCAGCAGGAGACUGAACCGGCUUCUGAUGAGCCGGCAGCAGCUGGACAAAGGAGAAGGCCGCAAAUGUCUUUCACGGAGACAGUUCGUCUGAAAUUAUACUGGAAUACUACUUAUACAACUGAACCUGAUGGGACUAUCACGGUACAGCGGGAUGCGCCGGACGGUUAUCUUAUCAUUGAUCGUAUGUUAGAUUUCUCGGAACUUGUUGAUAAGGUAUUAAGUGUGAUGGAAGUUGAUAGAGAAGGGCUGUAUAUUGAUUUUUCUUUGGUAUGGACGGAGAGGUCAGGAAAAAGGUCUCGUGUGCACAUUAAUGAUGAUAAUACUGUUCGCUUCAUUUAUCUUUGUGCUGAUAAAUGGCCAGAAUUAUACCCUGAAAAUGUUGAGAGAACAAGCCAUGUUUAUGCAAGUACAUCUGGCCAGGAUAUUGGUGUCAGCACUAGUGGUGGUAGAACAGUUGAAGACAAUGAAGAUGGAGAUGAAGAUGGAGAUGAAGAUGAAGAUGAAGAUAAAGAUGAAGAUGCAGAUGAAGAUGAAGAUGAAGAUGGCGGGGGUGUCGAAAGCAGUGAUGAUGAGUACGUCCCAUCGGAUGAGGACUCAGAUGACGACACUGAUUUUGAGUCAUCUUCUUCAGUCCCAUAUGUUUUUGACGACAUAAGUGGAUGGGACAAGACUUUAGAGGAAGUAGAAAACGAUGGAAUUAAAAUGUGGGAUGGCAAUCCGUUGACGCUAGGCCUUGAUAUACAUUUCGCCAACAAGCCUGAGGCACAAGCGGCAGUGGGAGAAUGGAACUUGGUACAUGGUCGGACUUUCCGAGUGAAAACGAGCUCUAAACGAACAUGGUAUGUCGAAUGCGAGACGUGUGGACCUAAAUAUCCGAAAGAGCGUCUUCACGGCUAUGAUUGUCUGUGGAAGGCGCGAGUUUCGCUACAGAAGGCCACCGAUACUUGGAAAAUGGUGGUAUGGUCCGAUUCCCACAACUGUCUUGGGGCAAACAAGAGAAACGAGUCCCGAAACAUCACGUCUUCUAUGAUUGCUAGACUGGUUGCCCAAAAUGUGCGAAAACAUCCAGAUUUUGCAGUUGCCCAAAUUCAAAUAGAAGUUUUGAAGAGGUACCAAGUCGAAUGUAGCUACAAGAAGGCAUGGCAUGGUAGAAGAAAAGCACUUGAGGCUCUGUAUGGUACAUGGGAAAGUAAUUUUCAACAACUGCCCAGCUUCCUCGAUGCAUUGUUCAUGUCAAACCCGGACACUUGUGUGCAAUUCAAGUUUAAGGAAAAUUCAGGAAGCUCACAAAGGUGGCAGACUUUCAGAUUUCCUUGUUCCCAUGCACUUCGAGUUGCCCGUGAGCUAGGUGACGAUCCCUUCCCACUUUUUGAUCCAUGUUACACUACGCAUCAAUGGUACCAGCAGUUUUCUGGAGAAUUCAACCCAAUCAUGGAACCAUGGCCAAAGGCAACGUGGCAGAUCAGGCCAGAUGACACUAAACUUGUCCACCAUGCUGGCCGAGGUCGGAAGCGUGUGAAUCGGAAAAAAGGUGUGAUGGAUUAUACAAGCAAAUCUGGCCAGCGAAGACUCCAAACUUGCAGUUUAUGUAAGCUACAAGGCCAUAAUGCCAGGGCUUGCCCAUAUGCGAGAGUUUGCGCACGAUGUGGAUGUUUAGAUCAUGAUGCUGUGGAAUGCCCUUUUUCUCAUCCACCUGCUGACAGGACCGCUAUUGAUAAACUCAUGUCCAAGUCAUCUCUGGCCGCUUCUGCCAAGGCUAUUACCGGCUGUGUGAUUCUUCUUCAGGAGCGGAUUUUGACGGUUCAGCCCAAGAUACUGGGUGGGGAUCUCGAUCUAUCUGAUUGUCCAUUGGGCACGAGGUGGUCCCGCGAGAAAAAAGUUCAAGGUAUCACGCGGUUCAAUUUGGCCGCGUACCGGGAUCAGCUUGCGCUUCUCGCAGAGUCUGAUGGCAUAUGGCGAUCUCAGACAUGGCUCAUCUGCGGUGAUGUCGUUGCGCCACACAACCCCAGUAGGGUAUUUCGCCAAUUUGGUUAUCACCAGCGGAUACCCGGCGACGCAUUACUUCUCACUGCGGCGGAAAUUACUAGCCUGCUCAAGAGGAAGCCGUUUGGAGGAUCCGAUAGGAGAUGGUUACAUCAACUAGGGAUAUAUCUCCAGGUUUGGAAUGAUCGCCACGGCCAAGUUGUGGGGACUGAUGAUGAUUAUGUUGGCGAGCCUUCCGCAGAUCCGGAGUAUCUCUUGUGGUACCAUCAGGUUACUGUGAAGUAUGUUACGGAUCCGACGGACUCUGAAAAUGCGAGGGGUUUUCACGGUUCUGCAGAGACCUUGCGCCUCAUGGCCACAUUGAUGGAGGACGUUCGUAGUCUGAGUAUUAUAGGCCAGCGUACUUUCGACGCGGACUCCUUUGGUUAUGAUCGCUUAGGCGAGAUUGCCCAGGUUGCUGAGCUGGCGUUGUCCGUCAAUGCAACAAAUGUUGUACGUCACGAUCUCGAUAGGCAUGUUGAGGUUCAUGACAUUUUGAGUCAAGAACUUGCACCUGUAGACCCGACCCAGCAACAUCCACCACCCAGACCUCCGAGGCGUUCGCUUCAUCCAUAUCAGUCUCCACAUCAGUCUCCACUCCAUUCUCGACAGCAUUCAGCCCAUCAGUCUCCACAUCAUUCAUCCCAUCAGUCUCCACAUCAUUCUUCGCCGACCCAACAGGCGUUUUACCGUCCGAUUAUGUCUCCCCAGCACCAGCAGUCCAAUUUUUCCUUCACUCAGUUUUACUCCCCUCAGACUUCUCAGCGUCAGUUUAGAGAUUCUUUUAUUGACUUUUCUGGGUUUCAGCAGAGUUCGCUAGAUGGCCAGUCGAUACAUUACACGAGUAACUUUCUUUCGAGUAUGUUCGAGGGUGUUGCGGGUCAGCAUCAGGCUGAUAACCCAGCUGAGGGUGAGCGUGAGAGUCAGGGUGAGGAUGAGGCUGAGGAUGAGGCUGAGGAUGAGGAUGAGGCUGAGGAUGCGCACUGUGAUGAUCGUUUGAGGUCGGGGUUAUCGGCGCCAUGA